UAAGAAUAGGAGUAGGGAAACCAGAAAGGUACACAAAGGACACCAAAGGGAUCACAGAGAGCAGUGUGGUAUUUUUUUGACGGAUUGAUAUAGUUCUACAUUUUUAUCUCAAGGGUGGAAUUACGUACGACAAAUGACUGCAUCCAUUUAAAUUUGGAACGCAAAAGUUUGAGGAGAGAUGGCAAACUUACACCUGAGAUAUCUUUUGGCUUUAGCCUUGGCGCACGUGGUGCUUUCAUCCGGAGUGUUUGAGCUGAAAAUCAAUUCAUUCCACACGGCGCAGCGCAUUUGCAGAAGACACAGAGACUGUCACAUCUUUUUUCGAAUUUGCCUCAAGCACCCUGAAGAUGUCAUCUCCGCUGAGCCGCCGUGCACCUUUGGGACCGGGCAAACCAAUGUCAUCAGAGCCGAUCAUACGUCCAUCUCCAGCAGUGCCCCGAUUCGGGUGCCUUUCCACUUUAAAUGGCCGGGUACAUUUUCGUUAAUUAUCGAGGCAUGGAACGCAGAAUCUCCAACAGAAUACACAGACAACCAAAACAACCUGGUGAAUCGCCUGGCGACAAGGCGGAGACUCGCCAUCGGGGAAGACUGGUCCCAGGACGUGCACUUCGGAGAGCAGAGCGAGCUGCGUUAUUCUUACCACGUCUUCUGUGACGAGUACUACUUCGGGGACGGCUGUGCCGAGUACUGCAGGCCGCGUGACGACACGCUGGGCCACUACACCUGUGACGAGGAGGGCAACCGCAUCUGCCUAGAGGGCUGGAAAGGAAACUACUGCUCUGAGCCCAUCUGCUCAGCGGACUGCAGCGAGAGGCACGGCUACUGCGAGGCCCCGGGGGGCUGUAAAUGUCGCAUGGGUUGGCAGGGCCCCUCCUGCACCGACUGCGUCCGCUACCCGGGCUGCCUUCACGGCACCUGCAGUCAGCCGUGGCAGUGUAACUGUCAGGAGGGAUGGGGGGGCCUCUUCUGUGACCAGGACCUCAACUACUGCACCAACCACAAGCCGUGCGCCCAUGGUGCAACGUGCACCAACACCGGACAGGGCAGCUACACUUGCACUUGCAGACCUGGAUAUGGGGGAACGAACUGUGAGAUGGAAACCAACGAGUGUGACAGCAACCCCUGCAAAAAUGGAGGGAGCUGCAAUGACCUGGAAAAUGAUUAUUCAUGCACUUGCCCGCAAGGAUUCUACGGCAAAAACUGUGAAAUCAUUGCAAUGACGUGUGCGGAUGGCCCCUGCUUUAACGGCGGGACAUGUGUGGAGACCAUGACUGGGGGUUACACUUGCCGCUGCCCGCCCAGCUACACGGGCUCCAACUGUGAAAAGAAGCUGGAUCGUUGCAGCAAUAGGCCCUGUUUGAACGGCGGCGAGUGUCUGGACCUCGGCCAGAGCGUCCUUUGUCGCUGCCAGGGCGGUUUCACCGGCGCCAACUGCCAAGUGAAUAUCGACGACUGCGCCUCUAACCCUUGCCAGAACGCCGGGACCUGUCAAGACGGCGUGAACGACUACAUUUGCUCCUGCACCUUAGGGUACACCGGCAAGAACUGCAGCGUGCGUUCGGACGCCUGUGGAGAACGUCCUUGUCAGAACGGCGGCACUUGCUUCACUCACUUCACUGGACCCGUAUGCCAGUGCCCGAAAGGAUUUAUGGGCCCGAGUUGUGAGUUCACGUUGCAACCCAGUUUCAAACCCGCUUUGCGUCAAGCCUCUCAGCCCUCCUCUGCCACGAUGACCGUCUCCUGCAUUCUCGCCAUCCUGGUAGUGGCGCUAGUCGCCGGUAUUAUCUUGCUGAGGAGGCGCAGGAGGCUGCGAGGAAGGAAGCAGCUCAGCGACACGGCAGUUUACAAUGACCUGGAGACGGUGAACAACUUGGGGGGAAGCGAGAGAGACUCCUUCCUCAGUCCGAACGGUCUGUUCAAGAUCAGCAACAGCGCGGCCCGCCUCAGUUUCGCCCCCUGUUCGGAAGGAAGGUCAGCGUACAGGCACAACCCUGUGGAGAGCAGCCUGACCCGGGCGGAUUUCUUAUGGAGGGACGAGACAGGCCUGAAUUCAGUCACUGGGUUAAGAUGAACGGAUUUCAGGGAGAACACAGAAGACGAUGAUCAGCACUUGUGGCUCCUCAAGGAGAAAAACCCAUCAGACUAGUAGAAUGAAGAUCAUUUAUGAAAAUAAUUAUACGGGGCAAAUCUCUUUUCAAGACUUAAGACCCAAAGAGACCGUUACUAAAAAAUACAUCUUUCGUAGGACCUACAACUCAAACCAAAAACAUUAAAAUUACAAUAUUUAACAGCUUCGGAAAAUUUGCCCAAGAUGUAUGACUUUGUUUUAACGCCAUUGUCCUUUUUCUGCAGAUUUAAUUUUGUUUUGUUUUGCUUUUCAAUCUUCCUUUGCUCAUUUUUUCCUUAUUGUGCGCACCAUCAUUUUUUAUACGUUAUUAUUUAUUUAUUUGAAAACCAAUGUUUAUGGCCUCACUUUGAUUGUCACAGAAAUAUAUUUAUACGAUGCUGAAUGAAGACGAACAUGAUUUUUUUGUUUUGUUUUGUGGGGAAUGGAAGUUAAUAUCCCAAAGUAAUCAAUGGCAGGGAUAUAUAAAUUUAUAUCUCAAUUGUCUGCUGUAAACAGAUUACAUUGCCCUGUCAUGUGCCAUUGUUUGUGUUCAUGCCAAAGUUUUUGUGAUGUUAUGUCUUUUCAUUAUUUAAGUUGAUCAUAAUGUGAUUUUGUGGUGGAAUAAAAAACAUCUUUGGU